GCUAGAUCAACUGAAGUCGGCUGCCAGAGUGACCGGCGAGAAAGUGGGUCGAGGAGCCAUGAAGACGAAGGAGUUGGCAAAAGUUGCUAAUGAGCGUAUGAAAGAAGGUGCCCAAACAACAAAAGAAGCAGGCCAUGACAUCGGUGAUGCGCUCAGAGAGUUAAAAGCGGGUUAUCAAGCAGGAUACUUUAACAACAAGUCUCAACACACUGAGAAAGAAACAGGAAAGAAUGAAAAGAAAGAUGAACAAAAGAAUGAACAUCAACACUACGACAAAGAAACAAACAAGGAUGGUCAGAAAGAUGCACAAAAGAAUUGCCCUCAAUGCUGUGAAAAAGAAAUAGACAAGAACGGUCAAAAAGAUGCACAAAAAAAAUUAACUCGCUAAUUUAUGAAUUCAAAUAGACUUGAACCUGACUUAAUAUACUAGAGAAUGAACAUAC